GAAGGCAGCCAGUAAGAACUUACUUUGAAAAACGAUAAAAGAAAUUGCGAAAGAGUUGCUUUGAGUAUGUGGAACUAUGUUUUUAUAGAGUCACUCACUUCUGUUAUUGUUGUCCUUGGAUAGGAUGCAGGCACUACAAGAAAGAAUUCAAAAGCGACAUGGAGGCACUGUGCAAAAGACAUGGUACCUAAAGACAAUGCUGACUCUUGUCACUAGCGCAGAGCAAGAUGAGACCGAGGCAUCGAUCAUGAAGACGUUAGACGAUAUCAGAUACUUGGGAAUUCGCCAGUCAGAAGGUCUUUUUGAUGAAAGCUUGACGCGAAUCGCCUUGUCACAUGUCCAGCAACGCUCAAAUGACAGUAGCAACACUACUGGUAGCGUGACACAGCUAUCAGACAAGAUUGCAGCAAUGUAUGACAUGUUGCUACCAUAUUACUUGCGGGCUUACAUGUGCUACGCCCUACCAUAUGCCGUGGGCGCGAGCGAUGAAACCCUGCUGGAAACACUUGCCCAGAUGGUCACGUCCGACACAAAGUCUCUAUGCGAAACUGGUGGACAUCAUUUAAUCAUCAGCUAUUUCAUGUCCAGCGACACAGCUUUCACCAACCAGGGUUUCGCUCGUCUACGAAGCAUAUUUCUCGACGAUGAAGCGCCUGAAAAAUUACUGAGAUCGCAUCAAACGAAAAUUGUGUCGUCCUUGGCAAUGCGAUUAGCGGACGAUGAUUAUGAUAGGAGGUCGCUCUUAACGAGGUGAUUGAAUGGCUCCAUAUCACAUCAGCGACAACACUGGGUGAAUUCUUGCAGAGUUAUUACCUCGCUAUUCUCUCUCACGUAUCAAAGUUCAUCACUGAAAUCCGC